AGAGAGAGCAGCGAAAUAUUAACACUGCAUUCGUGGACAAGAAUGACAAGAUGGCAACUUGCAUCGGAGAAACUGAUUUUCCUCCUUAUGUCAUAAAAUGUAUGAAUGACACCCAUUUUCUUGUGGCAGGGGGUGGAGGAGAAUCCAAGACAGGUGUACCCAAUGCCCUGGAAAUAUUUGAAGUGGAGUUAGGAAGCAGUGGCAUCGCUAUCCAGUCAAAAUGCAGGUUCAACACGGACAACGGAGAUGACCAGAGUGCUAUCAUGAAUGCCGCCUUGAGGUACGAUGGUAAAGAGUACCUGAUGGCGGCUAGUAAGAAUGAAAGAUGUCAGAUGUACCAGAUGAACAAGACGGUGAAAUCACUCAUCGCUCAGACAAUGGGAAGGGAUGAUGAAGAAAAAGAAGAGAAAGGGAAGGAGAGUAAAGAGGAUGAAGUCACUCUCAGGAAAAGAAAAAAGAAGUCGUCUGAAUCAAAUGGCAAGAAGAAAUCGGGGGCUCCACCUGGCAGACAACUGGUCCAUUUUGAUGUCAAGCGUCUUCAGUCGGUUCAGACGGAUUUUAGCCCGACCGAUUCGAGCCAGAAUGCUGUCUGCUUCUCCCCAAACGGGAUGUACUUUGUCACAGGCGGUGUCGACGGUCACAUACGAAUGUGGACGUAUCCAACGAUAGAGAAAGUGUAUGACAUUGAAGCACAUUCCAAAGACAUCGAAGACAUCAUGAUCAGUCCACUGGGAAAUAAGCUUAUCACCAUAUCCAGAGACCAGAAGGCUUAUGUGUGGAAUACGAAAGACGGCAGUAAGAUGUGUGAAUUAGAAUGGGAAGAAUGUGCGGAUCAUAAAUCAUACAGAUUUGGCUCUUGUAGAUAUGCAUUCCUGAAUGGCGAUGUCAGCAACUCCACGAUGUUCACAACGCACACCCCUCACAUACAGAAGAAAGGUAGGCAACCCUCCUAUAUUACAAAAUGGAACAGUCACAAGUUCACCAUAGACAAGACAGUAUGUACAGGGGAUGACAUACUCUCAGCACUUGCAGUCAGUCACAGUGGUUACUAUGUUGGAGUCGGUACUAUGUCAGGUUCAGUGGGUAUCUACGUUACAUUCAGCUUACAGAAAGUGAAAUGGGUGGACAACGCGCACAGUAUCUUCAUCACAGGUCUCUCUUUCAUUCCAAUGACGAGGAAUUCAAGGAGAGUUGUCGGGGACAAGGAUGCUGCCGUCCUCAGCCUAUCAGCUGACAAGAAGAUUGGACUAGUUACCGUCACCAGAUCAGGUGAAUACCCAGCCUUCCUGAUGUUUCUUGGAGUGCUCAUCCUGAUCAUGCUGAUCUUCACUUUGUUUGCUUACUUCGGCAUGGACUUCUGAAAAGACAAUGAUGUUACAAUAAGAAAAAACUCUGGACCAUGGACCUCAGGAAAGACUUUUUUUUUGCUCUGUGUAGUACACUAGAGAAAUUUAAAUUACAUGUGAAGAAGACAAAGGCUCCACAAUUGACCCUAUCACAAAUACGAUGUUCAACACUAGAUGGCGACCUUCCUCCCACACUGCGCAGGUCAUCAAAUAUGAUACUGUGGAAGACGAUGAGACCAGGUUUCUUCUGGCGUCAUAGAGAAUGUACAGCAGUUUCAGCAAAUUCCUUAUUCAUGAACUCCCCAAUGAUUUGAUGAGAUCUAUGUAGGCACCAUCAUAAUCUGUUGCUCAUAGUGUAUUGGUUUUGAUUGUCUAGUGGUGCACCCACAUCUGUCUGUGCUGCAAAUUUCAUUGCAAAAGCAGGGAUAAGAGUGUCAGAGUCAGCAUGCAAGUGUUGCCCCAUUUCAUCCUCAAGCAUCGACUCGUCUUCA